AUGGCUGCCGCGAGUGCAAACAGCGUCAUAUCCGGUGUGAUGAGACAAAACCGUACUGUCCACGGACGUGAUUGCCACUAUGACGGCGCAGGAGUACUGCCGAUACCUAUGCCGUUCGAGUCGAUGCAGCUGCUUCACCACGCGACUCAUUUCCGCCUCUUAACCACAACUGUUGUGGCCAAAAACCCCAACUCUAGCCUUGCCGGUUUGGUCAUGCAGAAUGCAGCCACGUUUAGAUCAUUCCUCCUUAUAGCCGGCAUACACCACGUCUGGUCCGGCGGCUCGUUGGAAUCUAUCGAGGAGACGAUGCUGCACCACAAACUCGAAGCAAUUCGUGUUGUCAACGGCAUGAUUAGCGAUCCCUUGCUGUGCCGCAGUGAUGCAUGUAUAACCUCCAUAGUCGGCCUGGCGAUGGUUGAGGCUGCACUGGGCGAUGCAAAGGCAGCCGAAGCCCAUUUGAAAGCGCUGGCCGGGCUUUUCGACGAGCGCCGUCUUGAUCAAGACAAGUACAGGUUGUUCGGCCUUGUCGAAAGACUGAUUCUGCUAGCUGCUAGCCUUGUUGCUGCAUCAAAAGACAAAAAAGAGAGCGACCCUCAUUACUUUGUUGUCGAGCCGGCCCAGGAUUCGGAGCCGCGCCAUCACUACACAAGACCGACAGGGCCAGUGUUUAGCGCUGUUCCAUUCCUCAGCAUCCAUCUAUCGCCUUUCUAUCAUUCCACUCCGCCAGACAUUGAAGCUUGUAAUGCUGAUGCCGAGUGCGAAAUCAUUGCUACGACGCUCCGAAGAUUGUCUUCCCCAUUCCAACGUCAAAAUCCAGAGAGCAGUCACGAAGAAUACGCAUCAUCAGCAAGUCCAAAGGAGCAGGCUCGGAAAAUCCUUCGCGCAGAUGCAGAAUCAUACAUUGGUUCUCUACUUUUUAAACCUUGUAUGCCAGCGCCAAAUGACAGUGACCGCAGCCAGGAUAUGACAUCAGGUUCAAGAUCGCCAGAUUCGCAACGUGGGCCAGAUGAAAAUGAGGACAUGGGGAGUCAUUUUGUUAACUUUUCUGGGCAACCUUUUGUGAAUCUUCCAUCUGCCAUCUUCCCGUCCACAUCGCGAGCUUGGGCGUGUGCAGCAUACCUCUACCUCCAUAUGAUUGUGGACUGCAUGCCACGGCGCGGUACUGCUGACACAACUGUAAAAAUGGAUACACACCUACAGCGCUGGUUGAUCAAUACUUUACGCCAGGACCUUGAGCACACCGAAGAGGCGAUGCGUAUCGGCGCACAUAGCUCAGAGCUAUGGCUAUGGAAGACUAUACUUGGUGCAUACGCACUGUCAAAAUCUCCCAUAGAAAUGCCCGUCGAUGUGGAAGCUAGUGAUGAGGACGAUGACGAAAAAUUGGCCAGAUUUGCAAAUCAGAUGGCAUUCGACAAAGAGCCACAAGAAAGUGGAGGUUCGAACCAGUCGCUGUUCCCAAGUGGCCGGGCAAGCUUGCAAUGGUUUGCUGGGAAGACAAAGGCAUGGAGCUCUGUUACUCACGUCAUUUCGUGGGAAGGUGCUAAGACAGCAUUAGGCCGUAUUGCAUGGCCUGAAAAUUUCGGUGAUGACCAAACAUUGUCUGUCUUGUGGGAAGAGGCUAUCGGUUCAGCGGAUAUUUGA